CUCGACACCAUUUAAGGGUAAUCGUCCUCACCAUCAUGCAACUUCGACAUACUUUCUCUCUUUAUCGUAGUAAUACUGCCAAAUCAUUCUUCACGAGCCGUUGUAUUUCCAACUCGUUGCAAAUUCCACCCCAACUUCCUUCAGCAGCAGUGAAAGGAGAAACUCAAGAUGUCACUGCCAUUGACUCCUUGUUAAAUAUUGUCAAACUCCGGGUGGACCCUCGCUUUGGAUCCAUCAUGCCAAUGCGCAUUCCUUCGCUAUGGGCAGAGGCCCGUCUUACGAUCGCCCAAGAAGAAGAGCGAACAUCUAUAACAAAAAGCUCAGAAGCUACCACAAGUCCCUCUUCCGAUGACUUACCUCCACGAAAUAUGCACGAUUCUUACACGGAAUUUGUUUUGCCCAUUGCAUCAGAUCCUAAUUUGUUAGAAGAGUAUGUAAAUGCUUCUGGGGGAAUCAGAACUGGAAAACUCAUGGAACACCUUGAUUCGCUCGCAGGGUCAAUAUCGUAUAAGCAUGUACUUGGGCCAACGAAAUCCGAGCUCAAAGUAGAAGAGAUGGGUCUAUACAUUGUAACCGCUGCAGUCGAAAGAAUAGACAUGUUACACCCAUUGACUCCCAGCCACGAUCUUCGCCUAAGUGGACAAGUAAUCUAUACUGGCCGCAGCUCAAUGGAAGUAGUUGUCCGGAUAGAGAGAAUUGCUUCCAAGGAGAUGCCAGAAAAAGACGAGACUAUCCUGUUGGGACGAUUCUCCAUGGUCUGUCGAAAUGCUAAAACCAAUCAAGCGUAUCCUGUUGGACCCCUCAUCAUCUCGACAGAGGAAGAGAAGACUCUUUUUUCAAUUGGGCAUGAAUUGAAACGCAGAAGGGCCUCUCGCGCCCAGCGUUCGCUUUCUCGUGUCCCACCGUCAAGCCAAGAAGCCGCGGCAUUACACGAAAACUACCUCAAAUUCGGAGCAGCAAUCAGCCAGCAUAGUUAUGGACAUCAACAAACAAGCUCAGAAAUCAAAUCCGUUCAUUCUGAUUUUACUACCUUGUGCGAUUCUAAUGGCUCUUCUGUAUUGAAUGGAUCGAACUACAUCGCCGAACUUGUACCCAUGGGCGAAACACGGAUCGAAAGAUGCAUGCUUAUGUUUCCCCAGGAGAGGAACGUCCACCAAAAGAUAUUUGGAGGCUAUCUGAUGCGUCUGGCGUAUGAGCUCGGUUUCUCAAAUGCGUCCAUGUUCUGUCGUGGUCGCGUACGCUUCCUUGGACUCGACGAGAUUUCAUUUAAGCUCCCGGUGCCGAUUGGGAGUAUACUAAGGUUGAACAGCGUGAUUCUAUAUGAUGACUUUUUAAAGCAGAGAGAAGAGAACGGAGAGACGAAUAUGUAUCAGUUGGUGCACGUAGGUGUCAAAGCGAAUGUCGUCGAUAUCAAAACUGGGACGGAGAAGACGACAAAUGAAUUUCGGUUUACCUGGCGCGGCGAGGAGAAGUUGUUUGCAAGAGGAACGACAGAGAGUAUGGAAUUGCAGAAGAGUGUGAAGGUGAGGAGGGUGGUACCGAAGACAUAUAGGGAAGCAAUGCUUUGGUUGGAAGCCAGGCGGGCUGUCACUGUUGGAGAUGAGAUCAGAGAAUUGACGGUGAAGAGAUUUGAAAAUAUUUAAGUAGUGCUUAUUCACACUGCGGGAGACUGAUAUUCGAACAAUUUGCUCCUCGCGAUAAACAGUUUUCAAGUGUCCUCUUCAAGAAGACCAAUGCUCUGUAUUGCUUGAUGAACAACAAGGGGGGUUCAAGGACUAUGUAGC